UUACUCUAUACAUUGAAAUAGUCAGGAUAAAUAAAAGGUUUUGUUGUUGAUAAUAAUGUCUUAUGUAUUCCCAUGUAUAAAUGGUCACCCAGGUCCGGAUCACAGAGCGGAAGAGCAAAUAAAUGUUUUCCAGGAAGAUGCAAAUGUGUCUCAAGUGUAGAAUCAUAGAAAGGUCUUAAGCACCAAAACUUCCUGUUCAUUGUCUGCGCCUCAUAACUUAUCGACAUAAGUGAAAAUGCACAGCAGGUCAUUGUACUUUGUUUGCCAGUUGAGGGAUGUUGAGCUCACGUCCUCUUAGUGCAAACACACACUCCGACUUAAAAAGACAUUGGACGCCUGUAUUUGCUGCUGAAGACGCAUGCAGGGGAUCAUCGCCUCUUCGCCAGAGACCGUCCUUGUCAGAUGGAUGUGAGAAUGAAUGAGACCAGCAGAGUGGUGGAAUUGCUCUGUGCAUCUUCCCUAGUUUGUGUCAUGUCACACUGGGACUCAAACAGUAUGGACAUGACAAAUAGGGGAACCUCCUGCUCCCAUAUGGGUGUUACUUUAGCGCGUCCCAUUUUCACAGACUUUGGGAACCUCUUGCAAAUGUGACAGAUUUUACCAUUGUUGCUUAAAUGAAGACCAAGACUAAAAAGUGAAGUGCUUUGAAGGGAGGGACCCAUCAUACCUUACAGGACUUUACAAUGGAAUAACAAGCCACGUGUUACCGUGCUCACAGCUUCGAAUGUAUGUGACUCCUCUUUGCUUUCUAUUCCGUACCUGAAUGUUUCUGUAUCCCUGUUUGAUGGCUGUCACUCAACAACACCACAUCAACUGAUGGGUCUCACGCGUCUCCUGUCUCACCUCAAGGAGCUGGUUUCCUGUCGACGUGAGGGAAGUUAGCAGGCAGACUGCAGCUAAACCAAUUUCACAGUUGACAUGCAGCGACCACGCAGUUUUAUUUGCGCUCCACUCGCAGGUGCGUGGUUCGCACUCUGCCUAAGAAGCAGCUGCACACGAGAUGGAAUCAUGUUUUCGCCGACAACUUAAAUACAGAGUGGAGUGGCUGUGCAGAGUCCGAGACAGGUCCGACUCCAUUCGGCCGUUGAGGCAGAAACGAGUCGAGACAGUCACGGUAGCUGAGAAGAAAUCAUAGUAUUAUACAGGCAUAAUCUUCAAGUGCGAAUCAACAACAGCAGUUUUCACUUAUUUUGCAAUGGUUUUAUCAAAAUAAUUUGCAACUUUGUGUUUGUUUUUGUUACCCUGACAUUGUCAUUGACACCCACCGUGUGGCUUGUGACCCCACUGAGUCAAUAUGUGAGAAAUAAAUGUUGUCGUGAGGUACCAAUGUUUAUUCCCUCAAUGAUGUAAACACUUCAUAGCAACGGUAUCAGGCCACUUUUAGCUUUGCUCCGGAGGCUGUUCUGACCUGCAGUCGCGACAUCUCUGGACCUCAGACGGUCCUGUGAUAUCUGACACUCACUCGACAGCAGAAACUUUUAGUCUGGAAAUUAUGACCAGCGAGUCUGACUUGGUGUCACACACACUCCGUCAAUGCUCCGUCUGUGGUGUGCAGAGCAGCCUGGAAGGUUGGGCUCCUCAGUGGCAAACAGUGGCCGUCAACCCAGUCCAACCGGACGUUUGAGGCUCAUUUAAACACGCUGCUUUUUCCGACUUUGCAAAAUCAGGACGUCAGGGCAGCAAAUGAAAACAUCCGGAUUGGACCCUGGAGCCACUUCAACUAGUUUCUCUUGAUGCAGUGAAGGAGUGGACUUCAGCUUUAGUGCGACCUUGUUUCUGAAAAUUCAUUGGAGAACCACCAUCUUGAAUUUGAGCGAGCCACAUGAUAAAUAAAAAUCUGAAACCUCCAUACCAGCAGAUCGGAUACUGGCUUCCAUAAGAGCCUACAAGUGGUCAAAUUCUUCUCCAAGUACUCCAUGAACCUUCAAAGAACUAGCUGAAGUUGAAGAGCAGAUAAAACAAGCUAAAAUCCUACUUUUGUUUCAGGGAAAUUUCCUAUUGAAUCCAUUGUUCAAUCUUCCUAGCUAUUGUAUUCCACACGUCUCUUUCCUAGCCACUUAUAGGCCACAUGGCUCAGCCUCGGCGAUCCAGUCGUGACCACCGCAGUCGGUCCCUCAACCAAGCCAAAACGGUAUCACUCCAAAAUCUGCCCGCUGUUGUUUAAUCUCCAGGAAACAUGGACGACAACAAGAGUGAAGCUGGGAAACAAAGCCUCCCUCCGCACGAUCCAGCAGACUCCAGUUCCCGGUUGAGGCGGCAACACCCAGGCUUUUGUGUUCCACGUGGCUCUGUAUCUGACAGGAGCAACGGCGCUAUUCUACCCCGGCGCCGCAGACGUCAAGCUAAACCACAAGUUACACUCAACCUCCUUAUAAAGCAGCUUUAAAGAAACAGCCAUGUUGAUUCAAUUCAACACCAUUUAACACCCUAAACAAGGGUGUCACCGGCGUCAGACUACCAUCACAGGAUUCAUUAAAAACCUCCCCGACAGACUCGCAGCCAUGGAGGAGGGGACAGACAGCAUCCACAAAAUGUUCAGCAACUUGUGGAGCUUCACGACAGAGAAACACAACCAGGGCGUGUACAACACCGUCUGCCUGGUGGUCCUCCUGACCCUCCCCCUGCUCGUUCUGCUCACUACUGUAGUGGUGUGCUGCCACUGUUGCUGCUGUCGCCAUGCCGACGGCUGCUGUUGCUGCGGCCGUUCAAAGUCAAAGUCAGACGCCAAGAGGAAGAAAGGCGCGACAAAUACGGAGGAUUUGUGGAUUUCUGUGAAGACAGGGCCGAUGACCCCGGACAGAGUCGGCCUCGCGAUGGUGUAGCUGGCGCGAAGUCAGACUCAUGAGCAAAUAACAGAGACGGCAGACGGACUGCUGAAGUACAGCUUCUUCUAAAUUGUGAAAAAUCUCAUUUUGUUUUUUUAGGAGGCUGAGAAAAUUAAUUUUAAGGCUCACAGUGCACUUCAAGUUGAAGCCUGCAUGUCCAUGAGCAAAAUUCUUCUGUGCGCAUUUUCCACUGUGUCAAACACGGACUGUCAAAAUGAACAUUUGUGGCUAUUUACGGGCCUGGACUGGACUAGAAUAUUUGUGACAUAUUGAAUAUUGAUGCAUGAACUAAUGUCCAUGCGUCAAUAUUGUUGUCUGAAUUGUUUUUCUGUUUGAAAAAUGGUUUGUGCAGGACAGUCCCACUGCAGUCAGCUGCUCUCAUUCCUCACCUCAGCAGUUUUGGGAGAACAUGUCCCAGGGUUUUGACUGUUUGAUGGUGCAAAACAAAAGAAACAUUUAGUUGUUGGUGGUUGGAUGCACAACAUACUGUAGGUGUCACCACUUUUUGAAAGUGAGUUGUGGUGGACCUCAUCCCACUGAGGCGUGAUGUGGUGGACAGUGUUUGGGGGUGGUAUAUAGUUGGCAUCGAUGUUUGAAGGUGUUAUGUGGUGGAAACCAUUGACAAGUGACAUCAUCACUCACUGCCUGGAAGUGUGAAGUGGUGCACAAUGUUUGGUGGUGGUGGACAUCAUUCCUCACAGGCAUCAUGUGGUGCACAAUGUUUGGAAGUGUUCUAUAGUGGACAUGUUCGCUGGACGACGUGGACAUUAUUGAUGUUUGGAUGUGGACCGUGAGCAGCUGCGGUAGGACUGAACUUGUCCUUGUAACUACAUUUGUUGCAAUGAAAAAAGGUCGUCCAUACUUUUUGAACUGAUAAUAUCACACUGAAGCUGAUCUGCCCGUUUAUUCCUUUGCUUCAGUUGAAGAUAGAGGGACUCAUUCACUAGAAGAGGGAAAAGUCUGGGUACAUAAAUAUGAAUUGAUACUGAGGUGGCAAUAUCAUUGAUUUGCUCAUUGAUUCUUUGUGUUGAGUUGACUGACAGUGCAACAUUUCCGGAAAGAAAAGUUUAUUUUCUCACAGAUCUUUUUGGUUUUGAAGUCCAUGGUGAUUUAAAAAAAAGAAAACAUUCGGAAUAAAUUAUUGAAAUUGUUCAACAAUCUGCUUGUCAUUUGUUCCUGAAGACAAUAAUAUAACAUUGCAAUAUUUAUUCCGUACGCAAUAAGCCCCUUUAUUUUGAAAUAUUAUUCAUAGAUUUUUGUCU